GCUUCCCCUCGGACAUGACGACAGAGUGUCAACAUGUAAGAUGGCGGCUCAUCACCGACAGAAUACGGCGGGGCGGCGGAAAGUACAGGUCUCUUACGUAAUUAGAGAUGAGGUGGAGAAAUACAAUCGCAAUGGGGUAAAUGCACUACAGCUGGAUCCAGCUUUGAACCGACUUUUUACCGCAGGUCGAGAUUCCAUCAUCAGGAUAUGGAGUGUAAACCAACACAAGCAAGACCCCUAUAUAGCAUCUAUGGAGCAUCAUACAGACUGGGUGAAUGAUAUUGUACUUUGCUGCAAUGGUAAAACUUUGAUAUCGGCUUCAUCUGAUACUACUGUUAAAGUAUGGAACGCACAUAAGGGGUUUUGCAUGUCAACCCUAAGAACUCAUAAGGAUUAUGUGAAAGCUUUGGCCUACGCAAAAGACAAAGAAUUGGUAGCAUCUGCUGGGCUGGACAGACAGAUAUUCCUCUGGGAUGUAAAUACACUAACUGCACUGACUGCCUCAAAUAACACAGUCACAACUUCUUCCCUGAGUGGGAACAAAGACUCAAUCUACAGUCUUGCUAUGAAUCAGAUGGGAACAGUAAUUGUAUCCGGGUCCACUGAAAAGGUUUUAAGGGUAUGGGAUCCAAGGACCUGUGCAAAGCUUAUGAAACUCAAGGGACACACAGACAAUGUUAAAGCUUUGCUCUUGAACAGAGAUGGCACACAGUGUCUUUCUGGCAGUUCUGAUGGAACUAUCCGACUCUGGUCACUUGGUCAGCAGAGAUGUAUAGCUACAUACAGAGUCCAUGAUGAAGGAGUAUGGGCACUUCAGGUCAAUGAAGCCUUCACACAUGUUUAUUCGGGUGGAAGAGAUCGAAAGAUAUAUUGUACAGAUUUACGAAAUCCUGAUAUCCGUGUGCUUAUUUGUGAAGAAAAGGCACCGGUUCUUAAGAUGGAACUUGAUCGAUCGGCUGAUCCUCCUCCAGCACUGUGGGUUGCAACUACUAAGUCAUCUGUGAAUAAAUGGACUUUGAAAGGAAUUCACAACUUCAGAGCAUCAGGUGAUUAUGACAAUGACUGUUCCAACCCAAUCACACCUCUGUGUACACAACCGGAUCAAGUUAUCAAAGGGGGUGCUAGUAUUAUUCAAUGCCACAUUCUCAAUGACAAGCGACAUAUACUGACCAAAGACACAAACAACAACGUGGCGUAUUGGGAUGUAUUGAAGGCGUGUAAAGUAGAAGACCUUGGAAAAAUGGACUUUGAAGAAGAAAUUAAGAAAAGAUUUAAAAUGGUGUAUGUACCAAACUGGUUUUCAGUGGACUUAAAAACUGGGAUGUUAACUAUUACUUUAGAUGAGAGUGACUGCUUCGCAGCUUGGGUUUCAGCCAAAGAUGCCGGGUUUAGCAGUCCAGAUGGAUCUGACCCAAAAUUGAACCUUGGGGGGCUUUUGCUACAGGCUCUCUUGGAAUACUGGCCUAGGACCCACAUCAAUCCCAUGGAUGAAGAAGAAAAUGAAAUGAAUCAUGUGAAUGGUGAACAGGAGAACAGACUACAGAAAGGAAAUGGAUACUUCCAAGUGCCACCACACACACCAGUUAUUUUUGGGGAAGCUGGAGGACGCACUUUGUUUAGGUUGCUAUGCCGGGAUUCUGGUGGUGAAACUGAAUCCAUGCUCCUUAACGAAACUGUGCCACAAUGGGUAAUUGACAUCACUGUGGAUAAAAAUAUGCCAAAAUUUAAUAAAAUUCCUUUCUACCUCCAACCUCAUUCCUCUUCGGGAGCAAAAACAUUAAAGAAGGAUCGGCUCUCAGCCAGUGACAUGUUGCAAGUUAGGAAGGUGAUGGAGCACGUUUACGAAAAAAUAAUAAACCUAGACAAUGAGUCUCAGACAACUAGCUCUUCCAAUAAUGAAAAAGCUGGGGAACAAGAAAAAGAGGAAGACAUUGCAGUUCUAGCAGAAGAGAAGAUUGAACUCUUGUGUCAAGACCAGGUUUUGGAUCCAAAUAUGGACCUUCGAACUGUCAAGCAUUUCAUAUGGAAAAGUGGGGGUGACUUGACCCUUCACUACCGACAGAAGUCAACGUGAGCCAAGUGCUGGACCCAACUGGUUAUUAACUCAUUUGAGCUUCCUGUGCUGGUUCCAGCUCUAGUACUCUAGAAGCCCACUUAAAUGCUAAGAUCUGACACUUUUAAUGCCUCAGCGCAGACAGAAUCUACUUGAAGUGACUAAUAAAUCUGUAACAUAGAUGAAAUCGGUAUGAUGUAAACUCAAGGUUGUCCAUAGCAAGGUCAAGCAACAGUGAUGUAAGAAGCCCUUGACUGGUUCCUGUUAAGGUGCGUACAGAGACAAGGUGACCCAGUGCAGAUAUCUGUGCAGUUCUCUUUUCCUUUAUUUCCAAGAUUAUCAUCCUUCAUUCACUCAAGCUUGAUAUGAAAACUUUUUCAGUCCUGCUGCUAACUCAUUCUCAGAUUUUUUUAAAAAAAACCCUGCAUGUACUGUACUUUGCUAAUACAUUCCAUAUAGUAAAUUUUGACCACUUUGCCAGAUAUAUCUACUUACUGUGCAACAGAUUACUCUUCUUGAACAGUCUCUGUAGUCUAGACUGGAGAGACUAAUGUCCUUAAACUGGCUGAUGAUUAUCUUUCAUCUGUGAUUUUUCUAAGAAAACAUUUUGAUACUGACGAAGAAUCAGUAGGCUGUGUUAUUUCAGGGUCAGUUCAAUGGUGUGCACAUCAGGAUGAAUUGUUCAGCAUCUUUAACUAGACUUCAAAACACAUAACUUAGUCCUAUAAGGUGACAUCCUGGUUCCAUACCAUAGGAUUGUAUUCUACAUUUGACAGCAAACUUGAUCUGUGUGAUAGCAAAAAAAGGUUUUCCUCAAAUCGUUUUAUAUGCAUUUUUGAAUAUUUUUGUUGAUGUUGUAAGCUGUAUACACCUUGGCUUUUUUUUUUU